AUUUUUUGACUGCGUCCACCAGUAGAUUUUUGACUGCGUCCACCAGUAGAUUUUUGACUGCGUCCACCAGUAGAUUUUUGACUGCGUCCACCAGUAGAUUUUUGACUGCGUCCACCAGUAGAUUUUUGACUACGUCCACCAGUAGAUUUUUGACUGCGUCCACCAGUAGAUUUUUGACUGCGUCCACCAGUAGAUUUUUGACUGCGUCCACCAGUAGAUCUUUGACUGCGUCCACCAGUAGAUCUUUGACUGCGUCCACCAGUAGAUCUUUGACUGCGUCCACCAGUAGAUCUUUGACUGCGUCCACCAGUAGAUCUUUGACUGCGUCCACCAGUAGAUCUUUGACUGCGUCCACCAGUAGAUCUUUGACUGCGUCCACCAGUAGAUCUUUGACUGCGUCCACCAGUAGAUCUUUGACUGCGUCCACCAGUAGAUCUUUGACUGCGUCCACCAGUAGAUCUUUGACUGCGUCCACCAGUAGAUCUUUGACUGCGUCCACCAGUAGAUCUUUGACUGCGUCCACCAGUAGAUCUUUGACUGCGUCCACCAGUAGAUCUUUGACUGCGUCCACCAGUAGAUCUUUGACUGCGUCCACCAGUAGAUCUUUGACUGCGUCCACCAGUAGAUCUUUGACUGCGUCCACCAGUAGAUCUUUGACUGCGUCCACCAGUAGAUUUUUGACUGCGUCCACCAGUAGAUCUUUGACUGCGUCCACCAGUAGAUCUUUGACUGCGUCCACCAGUAGAUCUUUGACUGCGUCCACCAGUAGAUCUUUGACUGCGUCCACCAGUAGAUCUUUGACUGCGUCCACCACA